AUGGCGGGGAAAGCAGAGCACGGGGCGCGCACCUCUGCCACCGGGCCCCCGGGGCCCCCGGGGCCCCCNAGCGCGAGCCCCGGCCCGCCGCCGGGGCCCGGCGCCGACGAGCCCGACGCCCUGGAACAAGCGCUGGAGCAGCUGGGCGCGUUCGGGCUCUACCAACGCUACUCGCUGUUCAUGCUGUGCCUCCCAGGUCUCUUAUCUGCCAUGUACUCCCUCAACUAUGUGUUUGUCGCUGACCAGGUGCCGUUUCGAUGCGUGGUGCCGGAGUGCGAAGGUGCUGGCGGUGCGGGGUUCGCCAACGAGUCGGCGCUGCCGCUGCUGGCCGCGGCGCGCUGCGAGCGGUUCGCGCCGCUGCGGCCCGGCCUGGCCUCCUGCGACCGCGACCUGUUCCACCCCGUCGACACGGUGCGCUGCGAACACUUCAUCUACGAGAACUACGACACCAUCUUUGCUGAGUUCGGGCUGGCGUGCCGCGAGUGGAUGCGCACGCUGAUGGGCACGGUGCGCAACUCCGCGCUGCCCUUCGCGCUCAUACUCACCGGCUUCGUCUCUGACAAGUACGGGCGGCGCACCGCGUUCUGCAUAUUCUCGGCGUGCGCGGGCGUGCUGGGCAUCGUGAAGGCGCUGUCCGUCAACUACCAGAUGUACGUGGCGCUGGAGUUCUUCGAGGCGGCGCUCGGCUACGGCUUCAACAGCGCCGCCUACGUCAUGAUUGUGGAGCUAGCGCGCCCCUCGCUGCGGGCUGCGUUCGCGUGCGCGACCGGCGUGGCUUACGGGCUGGGCGGCGCGCUGUUCGCGCUGGUGGCGUGGGCCGUGCCGAACUGGCGCCGCCUGCUGCUCACGAUCCACGCGCCGGCGCUGCUGCUGCCGCUGUACUGGCUGCUGGUGCACGAGAGCCCGCGCUGGCUGCACGCGCGCCAGCGGACGACCGAAGCCGCCGCUAUUAUUAAAAAGGCUGCUAGAGUCAAUAAGGUCACAGUAUCCGAAGAUGUGAUGAAAGCUCUACUAGAGACAGAGACUGAAAAACAAAAAGAGGCCGUGAAGACGAACGCUUGGCUCCGGCUUUUACGCUCGCGCGUUCUGAUGCUGCGCUUCGCGGCGUGCGCGUGGUGCUGGGUGGCGGUGGCCUUCGUGUACUACGGGCUCACCAUCAACUCGGUGGCGCUGGCGGGCGACAAGCACGUCAACUUCGCGCUAAACAUGGGCAUGGAGGUCGUGGCGUCGCUGCUGCUCAUGAUGGCGCUGGAGCGCUUCGGCCGCAAGUGGACCAUUUUCCUCGCGUUCCUGCUGUGUGGGCUGGCGUGCGUCAUACCUUUCUUUAUUUCACACACGGGCACGAUCGUGGCGCUGUUCUUCGUCGGCAAGCUGGCCAUCACGCUGGCCUUCAACUCCAUGUACGUGUUCACGGCGGAGCUGUUCCCCACCGAGGCUCGCAGCUCGGCGCUGGCCGCCUGCUCGCUGGUGGGCCGGCUCGGCUCCAUCCUCGCGCCGCAGACGCCGCUGCUGGUGGGUAUUGCAAUCAGACUCGAAACAUUCUAA